CCCCGUCGGCGUGGUGCGUUGAACCGCGCGAGGGCCCCAGCGGCGCAAGUGCGGAAGCGAGCGGCUCGGCCAGGCCUUCUCGGGGCUCUCGCCGCGUCGCGAUGUAAACACGGGCCGCGUUGCCGCGCGCGCCCCCCUCAUCAGCGUUGUGCCCCGAACAGCUGACGCCGCUCCUCUCUCGCUGAAGAGCGUGCGCUGUUGUCGUCUCGAGAGUUGUUUCGUCUCGCUGCGGUCUCGGAUAUUCCCCGCUGGUCGCCGCAACCAGUCGUCGACGGUCAGGGAGGAGGGGAGUGACCGGUGCGACGAGACUGGACUGUGCGUACUGCGGAACCCGGACCGGUCAGUGCUGCUGGUGCGCGGAGUGCGGAUCUCAACGCCGUGGAGGCUAUAUGUUUCGGCGUACUUCUGUCCUGAAGAGUGGUGCCGCUGACGCAGCAUCCCGAGGAUACCUCGAGGAGUCGUAUUAAUCUCCCUCUUGUGCUACGGUCGCUGCCGCCUGGUAGACGGCGAGAGCGGUGUUUCCCGUUCAACAGUAGCAACGGACAGUGCCCGCGCUAUCACUGAGAGUGAACUAGUGUUGCGGGGUGCCUGAUGCGACCGAAGAAAGGCCGCGUGAGAUAACGGUCGCACUCCCCGCGCGAGCAUUCACUGCGUCGACUUUCAUCGGAGUAAGUUGCCGUCGGAGAUAACUCGCACCUCUCUUUCGCCGGACCCGUGCCCCUUGGUCGUCGCUGCUGUGCUGUGUCGUGUCUGUCGGUAUAGUGGCGGUGCGCGUCGCGGAGUCGUGGUCGUCGUCCUCGCCGGCGGGGCCUCGCGGCUGGCGUGCCCUGGGUCGCGGUGCGUGCAGCGGCGCCCCGGGCCGGGCGCGUGAGACGCGCGGCGGUGGAGGCGGCGGCUCGAUGGCGCCCAUGCCGCCGCUGAGCGGCCUCUCGGCCGCCGACAACGCCGGCAGCCACCGUGGCUCGCCGCCGGCCUCCGCGGCCGCCUCGAGGGCCCCGCCGACGGCGUCGACGUCGGGCUCGUCGCUGCUGCUCCGCGGUGUGCUCACCGCUUCGUCAGCCGGCCGCUACUUCGUCUGGAACCCCAGCAAUGCGUCGGACGAGACAGAUGGUUCCGGGGAACAGGGCGAGGAGGAAGAAAUCCACCGCAAGACUCAGCGAAGCAUCAGCGAGUGCUACUUUGCGGUCAAGGGAACGGCACUGGUGCUUCCUCAUGACGAGUCCAUGCACGUCUACCGAUGCUCCAACAACAACGUCGUGGCCGGCGACAUCAGGGCGCACCUGCAGUCUAUGCUGUACAUGCUGCGGCGCGAAGACACGCUCAAAAUGGCGGUGAAACUGGAGAGUGCCCACCCAGCGGGUCGCACCCGCUACCUGGUGGUUGUGUCACGGACGGGCUCCCUGGGCGCCGAGGAGGCCUGCCUUCUGGGCAUCGACUGCAACUCGCGAACCACCAUCGGCCUCGUCAUUCCCGUCUGGGCAGACGCCCGCAUCACGCUAGACGGAGACGGAGGUUUCAGCGUAACAUCCAGCAGCGGGCAUUACAUUUUCAAGCCGGUCUCUGUGCAGGCUAUGUGGUCUGCGCUGCAGUCCCUGCACAAGGCCUGUGCCAAAGCACGGGAGUUCAACUAUUUCCAGGGGGGCGGGACCCAUCAGUGGGUGCAGUACUAUGCCGAGAGGAUACAGUCGGACCAGUCCUGCCUCAACGAGUGGCACGCGAUGGACGACCUGGUGUCCAAGAGGCCCCCGACGCCCGAUUUCGAUCGCUCACGGCCGACACAGAAGGAAGAGACGGAAGCGCUUAUCAGGAGCAAGUUGAAGGAGCUUAUGAUGUCUGUGGAUCUGGAUGAGGUGACCAGUAAAUUUAUGCGGUCCCGGCUAGAGGAGGAGCUGGACAUGAGCCUGCAGCAGUUCAAGCCCUUCAUCGACCAAGAGAUGCUCACCAUCCUCGGCCAGAUGGACGCGGCUACCGAGAUCCUGGAGUACCUCUACCUUGGCUCCGAGUGGAACGCCUCGAAUCUGGAGGAACUAAAAGACAAAGGGGUCGGCCACAUCCUCAACGUCACGCGGGAAAUUGACAACUUCUAUCCAGGCCUGUUUGAUUACUUCAACAUUCGCGUCUAUGAUGACGAGACAACAGAAAUGCUCAAGCACUGGGAUAAGACCUACAAGUAUAUUGCGCAAGCCAAAGAGCAGGGCUCCAAAGUGUUGGUGCACUGCAAGAUGGGCAUCAGCCGUUCGGCAUCGGUGGUCAUUGCAUAUGUGAUGAAGGCCUACGGCUGGGAUCUCCGUCAGGCCCUCGACUUCGUUAAGACGCGCCGUAGCUGCAUCAAGCCAAAUUCGGGGUUCCUCAAACAACUCGAGACGUACCAGGGCAUACUACAUGCGAGCAAACAGCGACAUAACAGUAUCUGGCGCUCCAAGUCUGAAACAAACCUUAAAGACGAGCAGCCCGAUCGUGGGGUAGGCAGGCGCGAGUGCCGAGCAACAGCUUCGCAGGCACUUGCCUUGGGAAGCAGCAGCGGGGUUCGGAACGGCACGACUGACGCCAACGGGGCCGCAAGAAUCGGUGGCAGGGGUGCUGGUGGCUCCAACAGCCUGCUGGUGCCUGGUAGCGUGAGCCGGCCAAAGUCAUGGUCCCCCGAUGAUCUCGCCUCCGAUGCGUUCUUUGCUGCCAACAACAGCAACAACAACUCGGACACCAUAUCCAAUCCCUGCCACGCGGCCAUCGCUCCCGGAAGGAUGAAACCUUCUCGGAGGCGGAUAGGCCGUCCCCGGUAUGGGACGGAUCCACUGUGCUACACCAUACCGCACACCAGUACCGCGUCAACGCUUGAGCAAGUUCAAGCCACAGAACAGGAGAAGAAUGCAAAGAAUGCUGCUGCCAAUGGCGUGAAAGCAAGCCUCCCCAUUGUGGCUCCAGUAACACCCUCGAAGUGCUCACCUACUGUUGUUGCCAUUGCCGACGAUGAGCAAGACCCUGGCCUACGUCGCGUUGCUUCAGUCAAGGAUCGCAUCUGCGAGCUGGAAUCGCAGGUCGGUGCCCCAAAAUCAGUGGCGACUGGAGCGAAGCAGGUGACAAAGACUGAAAUUCUUCGUAGUGGCACUGUCGAUACACCAGCAGUGGCAUGGUCAAGCAAGCCACAAUCGGCAUUCUUAGGUGGACCUGCGAAAACUGGCACCACCGAUGAGAGCUCAGUAAGCUUGUACAGCUGCCUACCGAGUUGUGGCGGAGGUGAGUCAUCGUCACUGGAGCUGCUGCGCGAUGUGCAGCCUGUGGCGUCCCAGACCAAGCCACUGACCCCAAAGCACAUGGCUGUGAUAGUAAAGUCGUCACCUGCGCCUUCGACCUGGACGCUGGGAGGAGGAGCGGGUGACUCUGACAAGGAGCCAGAACUGGCGAUGAUGAUGACAGCGCCACCUCCUAUGGCAAAGGAAGCCACCUUCUCCUCUGUGUUGAGGAGAAGCGCAGAAGACAAAGUGCCCUCUUCGCAAGGUCCUGGGGGCAUCACACUGCAAAGGUCAGCGACUGAUAUAGGCCUGCUGGCACCCUCUAGUCAGGCGGUCUGCCGGCCGGCCGGCCGCCCUCACCCUUUGCUGCAUUGUGACUCCGAUGAUUCUGUUGUGUGUUCUUCAAGGCCAUUGGCAGAGAUUUGCAAGCUGCAGGUGGGUUUUGGUGAGGACAGGAGCCAGGGCACCACAUUGGAAGCACGCCGAGAUGCCACAGCGGUGGUGGCACCACAGUUGCCUCUCGUCGCAGAGCUUCAGGUAGACGGCAAGAAGACCGAACUUCUUGAAGAGCGAACGGGAGCAUCAGCAGAUCGUGCUGGAGUGCUGCCGACUCGCUGCAAGCUCCGCAAGACAAAACCUUUCCUAGAAGAGAAGAGCUUUGCCCGUGCCCUCUGCCUCGAAGGUGGUGCCUUUCCGUCACAGACACGAUCCACGCCUUCCACUCCUCCAGAACAGUUUCCCGAUGCUUCUUCACCUAGCAGGCAGAUCCUGCGCUCCCAGAGCCUGCGGUGUGAGCACCGGCCGAAAUCUCUCGCGCUUCCUGCAGCGUCACCGUGCAUGACUGGGCGAAGUCCACCCAAAAUUCUGACGUCGCGAUCCAGUGAAGCUCAGCCUUUGCCGGCCUUUUCAGCCAGUCCAGAAAUAAAGCACAGCAUGAGCACACCAUCGGUAAUGGAAGCCGUUAACGAAGUUCUCUGUGAGACACGCCGAGACAUCUCCAAUGUCAUGCACCUUAUCCCAUGUGCUAAGACUCCGCCAGAAACCUACUCACCACUCCUCUGUUCUGGUCAGGGUCUGGAACACAUCGAAUCGGACAGCAACCCUGCAUCGGAACCGAGUGAAGUUCCCCAGGUGGGCAUUGUGCGGCAGCAAAGAGCCAUGCUAGAAGGGCUGCAACCACCACGAGGCAGUGCAGCGGCAUUGCCUUCAGCCGUCAGCACAGACCGGAAGCCUCCGACAGGGGACAGCACGGGACGGUCUAAAAAGGAACAAGUGCGGAUCAUCAAGGAACUAGGAAGUACCAUGCUUCCAAGCGUCCCUGGCGACUCUCCACCUUUCUGCGGCAGUAAUACCACCACCGAUCAGCAGCAGCCAGACGACGAUGAAUCUGCAGUCGGCGUAGUCAAGCGGCUCACCAAAGAGCUAGAGGCCAAGGCACGGAAUGGCAAGACCAAACCUACCGGCAUCGCCGAGAGGCUCGUUAUCGUUGAAAGGAGCAGCGGAGACGGCAGCGAGCCAACAGGCGGUGGCAGCUCGAGCACGCCAAACUCCCCAGUCUGCGAGCGCCACGGUUAUGGUCAGCCAAUGCAUAGUCUUCGUGCCUUCUCGGAAGGCCGGCCCGCCGGUCCGGACCCACCAUGUGCUGUUCCCGCCCCGCCCACACCGAGCAGAUGUACCAGUCUGUCGGCCACUCGCAGUAUAACGGCGCGGCUGGCAAGGGCGCCGCGGGCUGGCGAGACCCCGCCUUCGGCGAUGGUUACAGCCACGCCCACCGUGGCACUCAUUGCGACCAUGCCGGCGCCGGCACCUGUCGGCACCGCAACCUUGCCAGGCGGCCUCCAGAGGAAAGUGCGCAAGCAGCAGGGCAAGACUCAUCCACUGAGCAAACUGACCGUGCGGCAGAGGCAUGCCAAUCCGCUGUACAACACAAUGUGAUGAUCCUCGCCCCCAUCCCCACCCUUUUACAUUGUGGUGUUGUGUCAGUGUGUGCAUGCAUGCAUGCCUCACCUUUUCCUCUUUUUCCAACUCUCCCCUGCCCCAAAUUUUUCCCUGUUUCAUUCUUGUUUCCCAAAAAUACUUGCGUUGCUAGGUGUGGUGGACAUUGUAAAAUUCUCUGUACGUAGACUUGUUUAUCCUUUUUUUGUUAGCUCCUGUGGAUGUAUGUGUGUGCGCUUGUGUGUAUGUGAUUUUGCCUCCCACCUCCGCCGCUGUACAGAAAGAGAAAUGAGUGUACGUUAUAUUUUGUUUGUGCGUGUUGGAGUAGGUGUUGCCUCUGUGUGAUCACUUUUCUCUUCGUCCGUGUGAAAAGACACCUUGGUGGCAUUCAGUCAAGGCCAGUAGCGCCCUGCCACACCUCUUCUAAUGCUUCCCCUUUUUCCUCCCAUACAGCUCCUCUUCAACAAUCUCUCCUCUCAUCAACCUCUUCCAUUCUUGAGCAUGCUUACCCGUGGAUGCCCAGAGCACAUCCGCACAUAAGGAGUAGCGAUUUCACUCAACAAAGACGCGCUGCAUGCCGCAGUCUUGACGAGGGCCUCUCCCUCUUCUCCAGGGAAGUCUGAAAAAGAAAUUUAGGAACACCUUUUUGGAACAAAAGCUGCCACUUCCUCAUUUCAAAGACACGCUUGCCUUACUCACGAGCGUCUUCUGAGGUCUGGAGUGCAGCAGCUUAUUUGCUUGCUCAGUUUCUGUAUAGCAGGAGCAAUGCUUGUGCAUAAUAUGACAAAUGCUUUUGACUGCCGUUGAACAAAGGAUUCAGGAGCUUCUUGUCUCAGGCACUUCGCGCGGUAUAGUUGCCAAGUCAGUCUGACUGGAGCUCAACAGUUGUGCCCAGGGGAACCUAGUAGUGCCCUGUGCUUAUAAUACUACUUGCAUGCCACAAACGCCGAAAUUACUAUCUAUCCAGCUGGAACCAUUCAAACAGCUGUUGCUUCCUUUUGUUUUUUCCGCACAGCGUUUGUUCUCCAUAUUGAUGUCAUAAUGAAUGAACUAAAAAGUGCCUGAGGCAAUGAUAUGAAGCAGUGCAAUGAAUUUUACUUACCACUCUGCACACCACAAUUCUUAUGCAUCUUGGGCUCGCACAUUCUGAAACCAAAGCAUAGGGCUUCAUUAGUAACUGUACCUAAAUGGACCACUCUCUUUUGACGGGUGGGUCGCUUGAGCAUAAUAUUUACGCAACUUUGACGUGGCGGUUCAGGGGUCCCUUUUGCCUUACUCAAAAAAGGGGCUUGCUGGCGAGAGUAAUUACGCAUGCACAUCUUUAUUUCUUGUUCAUUUAGGUGUGGGGUUGGGGGAGGGGGCGUGAUAGGGUCAGUUCGUCUUCAGCUGAUCUGCACAGCAGGAUUCUGGCAGAGAAGUGAUAAUAAAUGCAGAGAUCGGCAGUGAUAAACAGUGUACUUGAGAAGGCACCCUUCAUCUGAUUUCUGGAAUUGUGGCAUUGCUUGUACACUCUUAUUCCUAAAUGCUGUGUUCAACAAAACCAAGUAGUCACAUAGUCACUCAUUGAGCACUUGGACAUCGUAAAAUUUUCACCUAAUAUGCUGGUUCUUACGUAUUCAAAUCUUUCAUUUACAAUGUUUGUACUAUCAUGUUGCAACCCGCUAUAAUGUUGCACAUCACUUUCUUCUGCUGAAGUAGUAUUGUAUCAAUGACACAAACACACACAUAUUUUAACUUUCAAGUAUCAAUUUGGCAAUUCCUAGCAGCAGUGAAAUUAGACAUGAAAUUUUUUAUGGUGAAAACCUGCAACUUAUUUAUUGCUAGCUUUAUUGUUUUCCAUCUAUAAAUUUAGCCAUGAACCAUUCUGACCGACCCACUGGUACCAGGAAGCUUUUCUGGCAGGAAAGGUGAAACCUGCAUCUGUUGCAGUCGGCAAUCUUUACAAGAGAUUUGAGUGAAAACUUGAGCGUUUUCUUUCUAGUGUGUGAAAGUGUUCACAGGAACAGCUCUUCACACGCACUUGAAGUUAGUAAGCAUAUCUCUCCAACAAGUGCAAAGCACGGGUGGCUACCUUCGUGCCCUCACCAGAGGCCAUGCCAGGGGGCCACGUCACAAGUCGAGAAAUAGUGGGAGAACAGAAACAUAAUUGCUCGAUCGCUCGUCACAUUUCUGUGUAGCUUUGAGUGAAGCGUAGCUGUGCGCUGCAUUUGAUUUGCAAGGCUGCCGUUAAUACACUGCCCAUAGAAGCCAAGUCGCUACGUGCUUCUUGCAUUGUCUUCAUUUUCUUCCAUGCUGGCCUUUGCUCUUUCGUGUUUUGCUCUAGUGAGAGAAACGCAGAUGCAUGUGCUUGGUGCAACUUGCAACUUGUGCUCUGAGUUUCCAUGCCCACCUUUUCUAGUUUCUAAGCAGGUAGUAGAGACAAAAACGUGCCAUACGAUGUUUACAGCUGUUGUAGCUUCCCCGCUCUUGCGCUUGCCGUCAACCCAAAGUUGUCUCUGCCUUGUUCCUUUUUUUUCCCCUCACGUGUCUGUUGUUUUAUUUUUGUUUUUUUUUCAUCCAUGUUGUUCCCUGUUCGCUGCAUGGCGUGAAAGCUAGAAAAAAAUCGUGUCUCGUGCGUCUGACAGAAGUUGAGAGAGAGAGAGUGAGGAGUGCUUGAAGGAAUGAGGUUGGUGACGUGUGCGACGUACGUGCGCUAGGCCGAAAGAAAUUAUUUAAGAAAAUCGGAAGACUGUUCUUCUGAAAUAAAAAAUGAUUUUAGCCAC